AUGGGUAUGAGUUACCGCCGAUACUUAUACGGAGAGCGCGUAUACGGAUGCUCCAAGUGCAAGACUCAUCUCGCUACAAUACAUUCCAUGAUAUCCAGAGCAUUCAACGGGCAACAUGGUAGAGCAUAUCUAUUUGAUGUAGUUGUCAACGUCGUAGAGGGCGAGGCUUGCGAUCGACCGAUGACUACUGGAAACCACACAGUCCGCGAUAUCUAUUGCAUCAAGUGCGGCACCACACUGGGGUGGAAAUACGAUAAGGCCUACGAAGCAUCCCAGAAAUACAAAGAAGGCAAAUACAUCCUUGAACGGAAUCUCCUUGUUGAUGUCCAGUAA